UAAAUGACGCUGGCACAUUUUAACAGGCUCUUUCAUGAGGAAGAAACGUCUGUCUUUUAAGCUCCCUGGAGCAAUCAGGAUCUAAUUCCUCGUUUCAAUCAGGGAAUUUCUUUCUGAACCAAACUCCUAAGACAGAGUAUUUGAGUAGCACAUUUCACUGGCGUACAGCAGUGUUGGUUCAUUUUGGAGGGUUUUUGGACAGGAAAUCGAUCUACAGGGUAACUUUCACACAAGAAAGGAAACAGUAUGGGACGAUGGCUUGUUAGUACAAGGGACUCUGUUUUGGAAAUUACGGACAAGAAACCUUGGUGGAAGAACGGCAUUCAAGAUCAAAAGCAUGAUGACUCCUGAUGAAAACAUCCCCAAAUGAUGAACCCACAAGCAAAAAGGAACUUCUACUUGGCGGCACCUGACUUGCUGGAUCCUAAAUCUGCCGCUCAGAACUCCAAACCGAGGCUCUCGUUUUCCACGAAACCCACAGUGCUCGCUUCCCGGGUGGAGAGUGACACGACCAUUAAUGUUAUGAAAUGGAAGACGGUCUCCACGAUUUUCCUGGUGGUGGUUCUCUAUCUGAUCAUCGGAGCCACCGUGUUCAAAGCCUUGGAGCAGCCUCAUGAGAUUUCCCAGAGGACCACCAUUGUGAUCCAGAAGCAAACAUUCAUUUCCCAACACUCCUGUGUCAAUUCGACUGAGCUGGACGAACUCAUCCAGCAAAUAGUGGCAGCAAUAAAUGCAGGGAUUAUACCUUUAGGAAACACCUCCAAUCAAAUCAGUCACUGGGAUUUGGGAAGUUCCUUCUUCUUUGCUGGCACUGUUAUAACAACUAUAGGAUUUGGAAAUAUCUCACCGCGCACAGAAGGGGGAAAAAUAUUCUGUAUCAUCUAUGCCUUACUGGGAAUUCCCCUUUUUGGUUUUUUGUUGGCUGGAGUUGGUGAUCAAUUAGGGACCAUAUUUGGAAAAGGAAUUGCAAAAGUGGAAGAUACAUUUAUUAAGUGGAAUGUUAGUCAGACCAAGAUUCGCAUCAUCUCAACGAUCAUAUUUAUACUCUUUGGCUGCGUACUCUUUGUUGCUCUGCCCGCGAUCAUAUUCAAGCACAUAGAAGGCUGGAGUGCCCUGGACGCCAUUUAUUUUGUGGUCAUCACUUUAACAACCAUUGGAUUUGGCGACUACGUUGCAGGUGGAUCAGAUAUUGAAUAUCUAGACUUCUAUAAGCCUGUCGUGUGGUUUUGGAUCCUUGUAGGGCUUGCUUACUUUGCAGCUGUCCUGAGCAUGAUUGGAGACUGGCUCCGAGUGAUAUCAAAAAAGACAAAGGAAGAGGUGGGAGAGUUCAGAGCCCAUGCCGCUGAGUGGACGGCCAACGUCACAGCCGAGUUCAAGGAGACCAGGAGGCGCCUGAGUGUGGAGAUCUACGACAAGUUCCAACGCGCCACCUCCAUCAAGCGGAAGUUGUCCGCGGAGCUUGCCGGGAACCACAACCAAGAGCUGACUCCUUGUAGGAGGACCCUGUCUGUGAAUCACCUAGCCAGUGAGAGGGAUGUCUUGCCUCCCUUACUGAAAACUGAGAGUAUCUAUUUGAAUGGAUUGACGCCACACUGUGCAGGCGAGGAAAUUGCGGUUAUCGAGAACAUUAAAUAAUCCUCUCUUUGAAGAACCUUAGGCGUAGCCAUAGGUGAGGACUUCUAUAUGCUCUUUAUGACUGUUGCUGGUAGCAUUUUUUAAAUUGUGCAUGAGCUCCAAAGGGGG